GAGGACGCGCCCGGCGCUCGCCCCGCGGAGGGAGAGGCCUCGCCCCGGGAGAAGCCGCCGCACGGUGUUGUUUGCUGCUGGACUCCCCCUGUCCCCACAACCCCGCAGGAUGAUAUGAGACUUGAAAGAAGACGAUGCAUACAGGAGGAGAGACUUCAGCAUGCAAACCUUCAUCUGUUCGGCUUGCACCAUCGUUUUCAUUCCAUGCUGCUGGCCUUCAGAUGGCUGGACAGAUGUCCCAUUCGCAUCAGCAGUACAGUGAGCGGCGGCAGCAGAGCAUCAGUGACCAGCAGGUCUCGGCCUUAUCCUACGCUGAGCAGCUCGAGCAGCCACUCCCAUUGACAAACCAGAGGCGGAUGCCCCAAACUUUUCGUGAUCCAGCCACUGCUCCACUGAGGAAACUCUCCGUAGAUUUGAUCAAAACAUACAAGCAUAUUAAUGAGGUUUACUAUGCAAAAAAAAAAAGGCGGCAUCAGCAGGGCCAGGGAGAUGAUUCCAGUCACAAAAAGGAGAGGAAAGUUUACAAUGAUGGUUAUGAUGAUGACAACUAUGACUACAUUGUGAAAAAUGGGGAGAAGUGGAUGGACCGCUAUGAAAUCGACUCUUUGAUAGGCAAAGGAUCCUUUGGACAGGUUGUAAAGGCUUAUGACCGAGUGGAGCAGGAGUGGGUGGCCAUCAAAAUCAUCAAAAACAAGAAGGCUUUCUUAAACCAGGCCCAGAUCGAAGUGAGACUGCUCGAGCUGAUGAACAAACAUGACACUGARAUGAAGUACUACAUAGUGCAUUUGAAGCGCCACUUCAUGUUCAGGAACCACCUGUGCUUGGUGUUUGAGAUGCUGUCCUACAACCUGUACGACCUGCUGAGGAACACCAACUUCCGCGGCGUGUCCCUCAACCUGACGCGCAAGUUCGCGCAGCAGAUGUGCACGGCCCUGCUCUUCCUGGCCACCCCYGAGCUCAGCAUCAUUCACUGUGACCUAAAACCUGAGAACAUCCUGCUCUGCAACCCCAAAAGGAGCGCCAUCAAGAUUGUGGAUUUUGGCAGUUCGUGUCAGCUUGGGCAGAGGAUAUACCAAUAUAUCCAGAGUCGUUUUUAUCGAUCACCAGAGGUGCUACUGGGAAUGCCUUAUGAUCUCGCAAUUGAUAUGUGGUCCCUUGGGUGUAUUUUAGUCGAGAUGCACACUGGAGAGCCUCUCUUUAGUGGGGCAAAUGAGGUGGAUCAGAUGAAUAAAAUAGUGGAAGUUUUGGGGAUACCACCAACCCACAUCCUCGACCAAGCACCCAAAGCAAGAAAGUUCUUUGAGAAGUUGCCAGAUAGCACUUGGAACUUGAAGAAGACCAAAGAUGGAAAAAGGGAAUACAAACCACCGGCAACUCGCAAACUUCACAAUAUCCUGGGAGUUGAGACAGGAGGACCGGGUGGGCGCCGUGCUGGGGAGUCAGGUCAUACUGUAGCUGACUACUUGAAGUUCAAAGACCUCAUCUUAAGGAUGCUUGACUAUGACCCCAAGACACGAAUCCAGCCCUACUAUGCCCUGCAGCACAGUUUCUUCAAGAAAACAGCRGACGAAGGUACCAACACGAGUAACAGCGUGUCCACGAGUCCUGCCAUGGAGCAGUCACAGUCUUCAGGAACCACCUCUAGUACAUCUUCAAGCUCAGGUGGAUCUUCUGGCACGAGCAACAGCGGAAGGGCGCGGUCGGACCCCACACACCAGCAUCGACACAGUGGUGGGCACUUCACUGCUGCUGUUCAAGCUAUGGACUGUGAAACACACAGCCCACAGGUUCGACAACAGUUUCCUCCUCCCAUCGGUUGGACAGCCACUGAAGCUCCCAGCCAGGUCACUGUCGAGAACCACCCGGUUCAAGAAACCACCUUCCAUGUAAACCCUCAACAACAGAAUGCAUUACAUCAUCACCAUGGCAACAGCUCCCACCACCACCACCAUCACCACCACCACCACCACCACCAUGGACAGCAAGCCUUGGGCAGCCGGACCAGGCCGAGAGUCUACAAUUCUCCAACAAAUAGCUCCUCCACCCAGGAUUCUAUGGAGGUGGGCCACAGUCACCACUCCAUGACAUCCCUGUCUUCCUCAACUACUUCUUCCUCUACAUCUUCCUCCUCUACUGGUAACCAAGGCAAUCAGGCCUAUCAGAACCGCCCAGUGGCUGCUAAUACCUUGGACUUUGGACAGAACGGAGCUAUGGACAUGAAUUUAACAGUCUACUCUAAUCCGCGCCAAGAAACUGGCAUAGCUGGACAUCCCACGUACCAGUUUUCUGCUAAUACAGGUCCUGCUCAUUACAUGACUGAAGGACACCUUGCCAUGAGGCAAGGCAUUGAUAGAGAAGAGUCUCCCAUGACAGGAGUUUGUGUUCAGCAAAGUCCUGUGGCUAGCUCGUGACUAAACUGAAACUAAGUUUGUUUCUUGUGUGUUUUUAUAGAAGUGGUGUUUUUCCAAAAACAAAGUGCAAAGCUGCUUGAAUCAGAAGGAGAUAAACUCACUGAACCGCUACAGGAGGGCAAAGUUGACUAUUUUUUUAAACUUGAAAAGAUUGCAAAGGGACAAUGAAGUUUUUUUUUUGUUGGUUUUUUUGCUGGGGGGAGGUUUUUUUGGUUGGUUUUUUUUAAGAGCCAUGUCUGGACCCACCUUAACGGAUAGCUUAGUGGUGUUCACCUUUUGCUUCCCCCAUUUUAACUUGCCACAACCUAGUCAUAGUUUGGUUUUUUUGGGGGAGGGGUUUUGAUUUAAUUUUUUUUUUUUAAUUUUUUUUUUUUUUUUUUUUGCUCUCAUUCAACAGGGGUUAUUGUUCAAAUGUUAGUCAUAGUUGCAAGCUAGUUUCUUUUUAAAGGCAUUGCACAUGAUUUCUAAAAAAAGGCCCUUUGAAGUUUUUUGGGUGGGAGGGGGAGUGAGUAAUAUAUCUAUUUUUUUUAGUUCCCCAAACAACCAUGGGCACAGAAAUGCAGUACUGUAAGAAAGAGGGACCUUCAGAUUACACAAAUAUAUUAUUCUUCAGCUGUAAAAAGGGACGGUUGUGACGGAGUUUGUGAGGCACAUUGAGCAUGCGAAGUGGCGGUGAGCAGAACUCUCCUUUUCUGAAUCUACUGAGGAUCAAAGCAGCAAUUGUGAUGGGAAUUCUGUGGGUGCCACCUUUUGGAGCCCACGGGCAGUUAGGAUGGAAAUCUGACUGGUUUCAUAACUGAGGUGCACUGAGAAGCAAUCAACGGGUCGGUCCUGGCCAGUCCUGGGGAGGUCUAAGUGGUGGUCUUUGGGAUAACCUUUGGCCUUAUGGAUUUGGACUCUUAAGUUAGAAGAGCCUACCAUUUCAGAUGCAAUCACUUUUGGACAUGCUUUUGCAGACAGUCCUUAAUGCUGAAAACACAGAGAAUGGGUAAUUCAAGAGGCCUUUCUUUUAAAAUAGACUUUUGUGACCCACUUAUUGUAAGGUAUUGCAAGGUCACUUUGCGUGUGUCAUAAAGUUGACUUCCUUAUUGGUUGAAGGUCACAGGAGUAGUGGUUUGCGUUUGAUGGAAAUAGCUACAACUGUGUCCCUUCCUGCUUUUUACUUUUUUCUUUUGCUUUUUUCUCGGCACGUGGUUUCUCCACCAUUACUUCUGCACAAAGACGUCUUCUGUUCAUCCUGAACAUUUUUAAAAAAAAAAAAAAUGCAGAAUUUUAUGUGACUGCUUUUUUGCCUCACAAUUAUGCUGUGAAUUUUACAAAAAUUUAUUUUCUUUUUUGAUAAUUUAUUGUACCAAAGCUGUUUUUAUAGCACAUAGAUGUCUGUAACCAAUAAUGUAGCAGUUCUGCACUUUGACACAAGGUGUAACUAGACCAUUUUUAAAUGUCAGUUGAAAAAAUUAUGGCUGUACUAUUGCUUAAACAAAACUGGAACUGUUGUUGAAUUCAUAGCCAAUACAUUUACAGCAAUCUGUGUACUGAAGAUAAUAGAUUGACAUCUACUCGGAGACUAUAACAUCUGUUACAUUAUCAAUGUGUUCAGGCUUCUGAAGGUUUCAAAGGGACACUAGAUCCAGAAGCUAUGAAACCAGCAGUUGAUUCUUGUAUUCCUUAUUAACAUAAUUGUAAACUUGAAGGCAAGACCUYGAUUGCAUGAACAGGUCCAAAAAUAAUAGGCUGAGUAAAGCAAAACCCUCACGGGAGACCUGAGGUUAGCAGGCUGUAUUUAACAGGUGCCUAAUUUUUGGGUAACGCUGCCUUAAUAUAACACAGUCAGCUUGGCAGUUGCAAAAUUUACGGGCCCAUCCAAGAGAUUUUUUUUUUUUGUGGGAAAAGGAGGGGAAAAAAAAAAAGCUGCGUGGGAAAAAAAAACCAAAAAACCCUUGGUGAAAGAACGAAGGUGAAUUCCUCGAUUGGCCAUCCCAGAUGAACAGUGUUGCCCAUCCUCUCUUACAGAAGCAGUGAUCUACCUCUGCCAGUAAGCCCUUGGAAAAGUUAAUUUUAGCAGCAAAUGGUCAAUUCCAUGCGGCCAAGUCGUUUUCUCAGUCAAAAAGGUGGAAUUUUUUUAUACUCACAGUGGCAACACAGCAGCUCACUACCAUGUAAAUGGGAAYGAAUCCUUGGGAUUAGCAUUUUUUUGUAAAUCAUGGGUUUCUUAAUCAAGUAUUUCUUUUUGUACCGACACAUCAACCCUGUGGAUGAAAGCGGAUUUUUUUUUUCCCUUUUUUUUUUUUCUUUUUUUGGUUUUCUUUUGAAGCUCAGUAAUUCAGCGAAGUUUACAGGAUUUGGAAGGCUGUCACCUUAGAAAAGGAUGCUGAUUUUAGCAAUAUAAAAAAGGAAUCCAGUUCUUACUGCUGUCUAGGAAUAUGAGGGUAAUAUGGAAUCUGGGUAACAUCAUGCGCGCCGGUUGCCACCCCUUAGCGAGCGCCAAAAAAAAAAAAAAAACCAACUUAAAGCAGUUCAAACAAAUAAUCUCUACAUCCAGAAGAAAAAAAAAAAUCAUAAAAUCCAGUGCUUCUGCAUACUGUGUUAUGUUACAGUCCAGUUUUGUGUGCUUUACUACACAGUUUGGUUACAGGACUUCUGUGCAUUGUAAACAUAAACAGCAUGGAAAAGGUUAAAUACCUGUGUUCAGAUUGUAAGAUCUAGUCCGGACUUGCUGUGUAUAUUGUAACGUUAAAUGAAAAGACAAGCCCUUUGUAUUAUAGUCAUGCAGUCUUAUGUAUGAUAAACAGUUGAAUAAUUUGUCCUCAGACUCUUUACUGUGCUUUUUAAAAAGAAAAAAAAACCAACAGAAAAAAAGAGUAAUUUAAGAAAAAAAAAACAAAACAAGAAAAAAAUAAUGUAAACGUAGUAAAUCUUCCUAUGCAAUUAACCUACUCCAAGCCAUGGUAUGGUAGGUAUAAUUAUACUAUAAUAUGUAAAUAUCAAAUACAUUGAAACAGACUUCAAAAUAUGAAAGUAAAAGUUGGAGGCGUAACAGCUAAUUUGGAGUUUUUAAUUGAAACAGUGAGGUCUGCAAAUCACUGAUGGGUGAACACAGCUCUGCUUGGCUCUCGUGGGCUGUGCUUGCAGUUUGGGGUUUUUAAUCCUCACCUGUGAGUGUUCUGUGUCUGCAGCUUCCUCCCCAUCCCAGAGCAGCUGUUUGGAGGCUGUGGAAUGGAAUUUUGGGGCUGAAACCAGCCUGCUUCCUCCUGCAUCACCUGUCUUUGGGUGCAGGAGGAUGGAGUUUUGCAAAAACCGAUUUCCUGCAGAUUCUGCCAGUUGGGAGGAUUUGUCCCUGUCUCUGCAGUGAUGCAGCCAGGUUAUUUUCCAUUCUCCUUCAAUUCUAGGACUGUUCAGGUACAACUGGUGACCACCAGGGCCUGGCAGAACCAGGAGUAAUGACUCCCGUUUGAAACUAUUCCACAUUAAAUAGAUUAACUUGGAUAACCUCUAGAGAUGGAGUUCCUUAAAUCCUUUAGCUGUGAAGCUUUUACAGCUCCUCUGGAAUUCCAGAUGUUUUCAAACCCGAUCUAAUACCUGGAAUUGCUACACACAGGCCCUGGGAGCAGACACUGCAGGGGGGGCAGGCACAGCCCUGACCCUCUCACUCUCUGCCUUGUCUCUUGAUUCCUCCAAGGAUUGCAGCUCUCAGCCUUCCAGCCUCAGCUCUUUGCAUUAAAAGGUUGUGAGUUUAGGUGCUGAUCCAUCCUGAUGGCUCAGUCCUUUGGGAACGGCUGCUCUGCCAGGAUUUAGGCUCCCAUCCUGUAAGUACAGUGGUGUCUGGAGGGGGCUGCAGCACACAAGGGUAGGAUUCACUGGGAAAUGUGGCUCAUCUCCAUUGUUCUUCACUCUGCCAUCCCUGUUUUCAUUCCAUCAUCUUUUUUUUUAUUCUGGACAACUGAAAAAAAAAGAMCUCUGAAGGUCCUCUGUGGAAGAACUCCCAUUAAAACCAAGCAGGAACAUCCCUUCUAAUGAGGGAGUGAGGGAAAACUCCAAGCUGGUGACACAGAAUGUGUUGUGUUGGUUUAUAGAACAAAUCCAUCCCAAUGAGAUUGUCUGGAAUUUGUGGAUAGGAAGGAAGUGUCUUUUCAGUCAAAAUUACACAAGGAAGUGGCUGCAGAGUAGAGUUACUGCUGAGUGUUMGUGUCCCGAGGGUAGUUUGUGUUUACCCUGACUUUUGGAUCAUUUAUUUAUUGGAAUUUUCUGCAGGAGGACCUUGUGGCUCUGCACAACUCCCUGACAGGAGGGGGCAGCCGGGGGGGUCGGG